AUGUUCAACCUGCGGGGUCGCCUGCUCUCAUCUUUGCCUGUGAACAAAAACCGUGCCCUAAUCGCACGCCUCGAUCAAUCGAACAGAACUCUGGGCAUUAUCGAGCCAUCAGGAGGGCUCAACACCCGCUCGGCCCCCGCAGCCCCCACGCAUCCCGAUCUGUGUCUCGGCAAUCCCGCCCUAUCUCCCCUAGUGCGCGCCUCCCUCAAACUGUCGCUGGUACAUGUCAAGAAGGAGGAGACCCCGAUCUCCCUAAUGACUCUGCGUCAGAGUCAGAGCCUGAAGCAAGUGAAGAAGGAGUCUUGGAGCCCGAGCCUACACUUCAUGGUCAGGCCGCAUCGCCGGACACACUCCCCUCCACGCCUCCAGUCCCUGUCUCCGCCCCACGGACAGCCACAACCACCGCCUCUGCCCCCGGGCCGUCCUCCGUCCCCCCCGCCGCCGGUAAUGGCCACACCAGCCCCCAUUGACAAGGAGGUUUUAAAACUCCUCCUCCCCCUCCGCUAUGACGGAAAAACCGUUGUCGAGUGCAACCGGUUUCUGUCCCAGUUGCACAUCUACUGGCAGGUAAACACUGUGUUAACCACCAUCGAGCUCAGAGUGCACGUUGCCCUGAGCCUCCUCGAUGGCGACGCGCGAGCCUGGGCCACUCCGAUCUUCGCCCAGCUCGUCUCCAUACAAAUCGGCACCCAGGGAGCAUCGACCCCCUUCACUGACGAGGCCACCUUUGCCACUGCCUUCAGGGCACGCUUCGGCCACCUUGACGACGAGGUCACAGCACAGGUAGAACUUGCCAAGCUCUGUGCUGACAAAACCAUGUGUGAGAAACGCACCGCCACGGAGUUUUCUGCGCUGUUCAAGGGUCCGGCGGACCGUUCUGGGUAUGAGGACCUGGAACUCCGCAACAAGUACCUGAGCAGCAUCCCCUCCCAUGUCUACUGA